AUGGCCCCAUCACUGUUCAGCGUCCUUGCUCUCGCAGCAGCCUUGCACGCAAUUCCGGCAUAUGGGCAAGGCGAGCAGCAGCCGCUCAACGAGGCUACUGCAGGAACCUACCACGAUGCGUAUCCAGAAUCGCGGCCUGCCGAAAUCACCAUCUUCAAUGACCCCAAGUGGCCUUGUGUAGCAGAGACAGGCCAGCCUUCGGUUGACUUAGACGUGCCUCUCAACACUUGCGUCUCUGCGAACUUCACUCUCGACAGCAAUGUCCACCUCAUGUCCCCCGGAUUAUGCCCAGGAGGCAACAAAAGCCCCUACAUAUCCAUUUACCCAAGUUCGAGUUGCACGGGCAUAUCCAAUCACCCAACUUGGUACGACAGACGCGUCGCACUGAAUGGUCCCGGUUAUUGUCUCGGCAAAGCCGUUUGGGGAAGCAUGAUCACGCCUCCAGAAGGGCAAUGGUCAAUGGAAUUUCGAUGCGAUGGCACGGAGAGCGACGAGCCUAUGAGGUUUCUCCAUGUCACACUUCCCGAACCGCCCGCGAAGGCCAAGCCAGAACCUGCCCCUCCGAGACCUAAAACAGCUUCCGUCUCCGAUUCAGCCUGUUACAUUUCUGGGAUGGGAAUGGCCGGCGCUCCCAAGUUUAUCUUCCAACGACCAGAAGCCGAUGUGUGUGUCAACGUCGCUCCAAAGCACAGACUUAAGAUUUACCGGAACGCCUUGUGUCCAAACGGCACCGAGGCACUUUUCGCGCGUUUCGGAGGAAGAGGUUGCAGAGGUAGCCCCAUCGAGCUCAAGGAAAUGGACAGCAGCAUGAUGGCGACCAACUCCCCAAGUACUUGUAUUGACAUGGGAGGAGAAGAAGCCAGCAGUUAUACCUUUUGGUGCACAGGUGAUCUUCACCAAAAGGAUGUGCCUCAAGGCCUGUUUCCUGAUGAUGAUGAUGAUAACGAUACUCGGGUCCGGUUACACUACACGUACGGAGCCCCUGCCAGAACUUCAAAUAACAAGUCAAGCGCCGAAUCAUCGAGGAUGUCGAUGAAUUACAGACUCAUGGGGCUAACAGUCCUGGCGGCUGUGCUUUGUAUAGCGGUCAGGUAA